CUGUUACAAGUAAUAUUUGCGUUGUCUUUGGUUUCAACGUACAAUGCUGGUGUUUUUUCUUUUGAAUCAUCGUCUCCUUCUUUAAAUCACAGAAAACAGUUACAUUCAGUAGAAGAAGAAGUAGAGUCGCUCUUGAAAUGGAAAUCAACCCUAGGUAACCAACCCCAUUCUUACCUCCACUCCUGGAAAAGAAGUUCAGUUGCAAAUACAACGAGUCCAUGCAAGUGGUUCGGAAUCACUUGCAACAACGAGGGAAGCGUCACUGAAUUGAAUUUAACUAAUUCAAAUUUACAAGGUACACUUCAAAGUUUUAACUUCUCAUCUUUUGCGAACUGUGUCAGUCUUGACUUGAGCAACAAUAAACUCUCUGGAUCCAUUCCCUCUCAAAUCGGUAGUCUUUCAAAACUUACCCACUUUGAUCUAUCCAUGAAUAAGUUUUCCGGACAUAUUCCACUAGAAAUUGAAUUUCUCACAAAUAUGAGUUUGUUAGACCUUUCUCAAAAUCAGAUAACUGGUUCAAUUCCUGCUUCUAUAUGCAAUCUGAACGACCUAACCUCUCUAUAUCUUGAUGGAAAUAAAUUGUCUGGUUACAUUCCUCAAGAUAUCGGAAAGCUAAUGUCUCUUACUGAUGUUGCAUUUUCCAUAAACUAUCUCAUUGGUCAAAUCCCUACUUCUAUUUGUAACCUUAGCAACCUAAAUACUUUAUACCUUCAUACAAAUAAGUUGUAUGGUUAUAUUCCUCUAGAAAUCGGAAAGCUAAAGUCUCUCAUUGACUUGGCUUUGAGCACAAACAAUCUCAACGGUCCGAUCCCCGCAUCAAUAUGUAACCUUAGCAACCUAAAUAUUUUGUACCUUUAUGAAAAUAAGUUGUCUGGUUUUAUUCCUCUAGAAAUCGGAAAGCUAAAGUCUCUCAUUGAUUUGGAGUUGAGCGGAAACAAUCUCAACGGUCCGAUCCCCGCAUCAAUAUGUAACCUUAGCAACCUAAAUACUUUAUACCUUCAUACAAAUAAGUUGUCUGGUUUUAUUCCUCUAGAAAUCGGAAAACUAAAGUCUCUCAUUGACUUGGAGUUAGGCAUAAACAAUCUCAACGGUCCGAUCCCCGCAUCAAUAUGUAACCUUAGCAACCUAAAUACUUUGUACCUUUAUGAAAAUAAGUUGUCUGGUUUUAUUCCUCUAGAAAUCGGAAAGCUAAAGUCUCUCAUUGAUUUGGAGUUGAGCAGAAACAAUCUCAACGGUCCGAUCCCCGCAUCUAUAUGUAACCUUACCAACCUAAAUAUUUUGUACCUUCAAGAAAAUAAGUUGUCUGGUUUAAUUCCUCUAGAAAUAGGAAAGCUAAAGUCUCUUGUUGACUUGGCUUUGAGCACAAACAAUCUCAGUGGUCUGAUCCCCGCAUCUAUAUGUAACCUUAGCAACCUAAAUACUUUAUACCUUCAUAAGAAUAAGUUGUCUUGUUUUAUUCCUCUAGAAAUCGGAAAGCUAAAUUCUCUCAUGGAAAUUAAAUUGUCGACAAACUAUCUGACUGGUCCAAUCCCUUCUUCUAUAUGCAAUCUUAGCAAACUUAACAGAUUGUACUUUCACAAGAAUCAGUUAUCUGGCACCAUUCCUCUUGACAUUGCAAGGCUAAGCUCUCUUUCUGAAUUUGGAAUACACAAAAACAAUCUCAUUGGUCAAAUCCCUGCUUAUUUCUGUAAUUCGACAGUCGGAAUGCUACAGCAUCUGUAUCUAUCUGAGAAUCAGCUUACUGGACCAAUACCCAAACAACUUGGAGAAUGUCCAGACUUACUCGAACUGGAUUUGAGUAUAAACAGUUUGAACGGAAGCAUUCCACUUGAGAUUGGAGGCUUGAUUUCAAUACAGAUCCUAUUGGAUCUCAGUCAAAAUGAGUUGAGUGGAGAAAUACCGUCAGAUUUUGGAAAAUUAAACAAACUGGAGAAAUUAAAUCUGUCCCACAACAAACUUUCGGGUUCAAUCCCACCUUCAUUUGUUGAAAUGCUUAGCUUGACUACUGUCGAUAUUUCAUACAAUCAACUGAGCGGUCCUAUUCCGGACAUCAAGGCCUUUAAGGAUGCUCCUUUUGACGCAUUGAAGAACAACAGUGGUUUAUGUGGUGGUAAUCACUCUGGAGGUAUUAAGCCAUGUAACUCGUCAGUUAUCAUCGGAAGAAAGAAAGCCAAACCAAGACUUGCUGUGAUAAUUUUAGUUCCACUGUUUGGUUCCUUGUUUCUUUUGUUCACAUUUUUUGCCAUCUAUUUUUGCUUGCGAAAAAGACUAUUCGUAAGAAAUAUCGAGCAGGCAGAUCAACCAACAACUAUAAACACAAGAAGAAACGUAUUCUCGGUAGAGAAAUAUGACGGGAAGCUGGUGUUUGAAGAAAUAAUGGAAGCAACGGAAAACUUUGAUACCAAAUAUUGCAAGAACUAUUCCAUAUUGUCUGCGCAUAUACAUUUCACUUGUUUUUUCUUUAAUUAUUCAGUUACGAUACUGUUAAGAAUAUCCAUGAAGUUCUUGGUUCAAAUGUUGUGCAAGAACUAUUCCGAGCCAAAGUUUUGAUGAUGUAGCCUAUGGUAAUCAAAAUUUUUGAUGUUUAA